AUGGCGGGGUACACAGCGAUCAGCCUUGACGAGGACGACGUGACAGAGUCGACGCCGCUGACCCCGCGCGGCCGGUACCAGCACGCGUCGUCGUGGCUGUCCCACAAACUGCUCCUGGGGUUUCUCGGUGGGUGCUGCCUCGUCAUGGCAUCCGCGCACUGGCUGGCCCCGCUUACCAUGAUGUCGACUGUGUCCAGCUUGCACAAAUCGUCGGAACAAGGCCAUCCGGUCCAGAAGUUUAUCAAAAGAAACGACACGAACGAGGACGAUCUGUUUUGUGGUAUCGCAGGACAAGAGUCGGGGUACAUCAAGCUCCCCCACAAGGAAGACGACCACUACUUUUACUGGUUCUUUGAGUCCCGACGCAAUAGCCACACGGAUCCGUUGAUUCUGUGGCUCACGGGCGGGCCAGGGUGCUCGAGCUUGAUGGCAUUGCUGCAUGAAAACGGACCGUGCGUGGUGGACAAGGACCUGAAGACGCAACUGAAUCCGCUCUCGUGGAACAAUAUUGCCAACAUGUUGUGGCUCGAUCAGCCGACGGGGGUCGGGUUCUCGUACGGUGCACCGGGCGACUUUGACGAGAACGAAGACCAAGUCGGCGAGAACAUUUGA